AUGUUUUGACAAAGUGUCAAAAAUGAGUCUUAGAAUGAUUAGUUCUUUCCAUUUCAUGUUCCGGUCCCACAACUUGUUCCUGCCAAUUCCGAGAAUAGUAGUUCGCCAGUUUGAAACGAAAAACGAAUCAUGUACUGUCAAGGGAAAGUCCACAGCUCCAAGAAAUAUGAGUCCAGUAUAUAGACAAGGUGAGUGGAGACCGUAUUCGCCCUUUCAAGACACGAAAAAUGUCGCUGAAUGGACUUUGGCUAGAUUAGAUGAUAUCCUCAACUGGGGUCGAAGCAGGUCUUUUUGGCCGAUGACCUUUGGCUUAGCAUGUUGUGCAGUCGAGAUGAUGCAAAUUGCGGCGCCAAGAUAUGACAUGGACAGAUAUGGGAUAGUAUUUCGUGCUUCUCCUAGACAAACUGAUGUCAUUAUUGUAGCAGGCACAUUAACAAAUAAAAUGGCUACUGCUUUUAGAAAAGUCUAUGAUCAAAUGCCAGAUCCUAAAUGGGUUGUUUCAAUGGGCAGUUGUGCAAAUGGAGGCGGCUAUUAUCAUUAUUCAUAUUCAGUUGUCAGGGGAUGUGAUAGGAUCGUUCCUGUAGAUAUUUAUGUACCUGGGUGUCCUCCAACUGCUGAAGCAUUGAUGUACGCAUUGUUAAUGUUGCAAAGGAAAGCCAAGCGCCCUAAUGCUGUACAAACGUGGUAUAGGAAAAAUAUUAGUCGGGAGUUCCAAGACAAAGUUUUCAAAAUGGAAAAGAAGGAAAGAAAGGGAAAGACAGAGAAAAAACAAGAAAUAAGUAAAGUUGAGACUUGUUGUAACGAUCAAUAAAUGUAUGUUUUUGUUAUAGUGAU